AUGUCCUACUACGACAACCCUCAGUCUCAGUGGUCGUCUUCGACCCAGCAGCAGAGCCAGAACAACUGGGAACAUCAGGGCUCGACUACCCCUGUUCGCGCAGGCGCCAGCGGUCCUCAGCCCCAGGACGAUUACGCCUUCUCUUAUCAAUUCGAUGAGGUCGACCGGGCUUAUGAGAACUUACAAAAGUCUGGCAAGGGUUAUGGAAUGGGUGGCCGCCGUGAGUCUUUGAUCCAGCGUUCUUUAAAUGUUGCCCGGGGCCCCGACAAUGUCGGACGACCCGACUCGCGUGGUUCCCAUCAUACCCCCGGCUCCCGCCCUCACUCGGUGAACAACUUUGAUGACGCCCGCGGCGGCUCUCAGGGACCCAACCUUCAAAACUUCUACGCCAACCAGCGUCAUCAACCCUCACGAGGCUCCAACGAGGCAGAGCAGGUCAUGCAGGCUAAGAGACGGAUGGCAGCUCAGCGGGAGCGUGAGCUUCGAAACCUGCACACAGAGCAGCAAUAUCAGCGAACCGUCCUUUCUGAAGUGCCUCUUCCACCCAGCAAGCAGAUGUCCGAGGAGGAGACGCGAGACUUGAUUGCCCGUCAGCGAAGUGCCCUUUAUGGUGAGGGUCCUUUUGCUGACAAGGCAGGAUAUGUCGACGAGACUGGAAAUGUCCGUGCUGGUGCUCCCAUUCCCAGCGGACCCUCAAGCCUCCGUGGCCACUCACCUCUUGCCUAUGACAAUGUUGGUCGUGGUCCUCCCGCUGUGGAUGCCGGUACUCCUGUCUCUUCCGGUGAUGCCCACGGACCUCCUACCGAGCCAAACUCCCGUCCUCACAGCACUGUCAGCCCUCAGGCUGCUGGACCCGCCAACAAGGUCUUCGAUAACGCCCAGAGCCGCACUAGCACAUCCAGCCCAACUGGCGGUUCUCCUUCUCGGGAUAUGACACCUGGUUCAAAGUCUAACCAGGCCGGUGCCUCGGUGGCUCCUAUCGGAACCCGCCCCUCUGGCACGCCCACAAACACGGCUUCAUCCAAGCGAUCGACCACUCCUCUCGCCUCCCCUGGUGGAUGGGGACGUGGAAACGGCGUUUGGGGCCAGUCUUCUGGUCUCGGUGCCCCUGCUAGCGUCUGGGGUUAG